CCAUAUAUGGGCAGCUACGUCACGGAGCGCUCCCGCCGCCCGCAUAAAUGGGCUGCGGAGUCCCCGGCGGAGCAGUCGGGCGGCAGCGGAGGGAACCGGCGAAACGGGGCUGGGAGGAACGGGGGAAAAACGGGGAGGGGGGGGGAGGAACGAACAAGGAGCAAGAGGGAGAGAGAACAGAGAGAGAGGAGGGGUUAAAUCCUCCCACCCGCUUCUACAACCACAUCUGCCAGCCAGAUCGCCCCCUCCCCCUCGAGGAAACACCACCAAGAGGGACCCACGGAGGACCGCACCCCCCUCUCGCCCCCUCCUCCGCGGCCACCCCCGGCCCCCCCACCCCCCCCCCCACCCUUUUUUUUUUUUUUCUUCCUUUUUUUUUCCUCCCUCCCCCUCAGUUCCCCCCCCCCCACCCCCCACCCCCUUUCCCUUCCAACCCCCCCACCCCAUCCUCCCACCUCGUCGCCCCCGCCCCAACUUUUUCCCUCUUGCAUGAUUUCCCUCGGCGCUCGGCUCUGCCACUCGGAUGUUGUUCGCUCGGGAGCUGAAGCGGGAGCCACGUUGAGCCAGCCUUUUCCUCCAGUGCUAUGACAGGCAAACUACUGGUGGAGAAGCUGCCGGGGACCAUGAACACUUUGAUGAACCAAUUGCCUGACAAUCUGUACCCAGAGGAGAUCCCCAACUCUUUGAAUAUCUUCUCCAGCAGCAGCGACUCGGUGGCUCACUACAACCAGAUGGCUGCAGAUAAUGUUAUGGACAUUGGCUUAGCCAACGAAAAGGCCGGGCAGGAGCUGUCCUCUUACUCGGGGACUUUCCAGCCGGCUCCGGGCAACAAGACCGUCACCUACCUGGGGAAAUUCGCCUUCGACUCGCCCUCCAACUGGUGCCAGGACAACAUCAUCAGCCUGAUGAGCGCGGGCAUCCUGGGGGUGCCGCCGUCUUCGGGCGCUCUCACCAGCACGCAGAGCUCGGCGGGCAGCAUGGGCCCACCGCAGGGCGAGGUGGACCAGAUGUACCCCGCGCUGCCGCCCUACUCCUCCUGCAGUGACCUCUACCCGGAGCCCGUCUCCUUCCACGACCCCCAGAGCAACCCUGGCCUCACCUACUCUCCCCAGGAUUACCAGGCAGCCAAGCCCGCCCUGGACAGCAACCUCUUCCCCAUGAUCCCAGACUAUAACCUUUACCACCACCCCAACGACAUGGGCACCAUCACGGAGCACAAACCCUUCCAGAGCCUGGACCCCAUCCGUGUCAACCCUCCCCCCAUCACCCCGCUGGAGACCAUCAAGGCCUUCAAGGACAAACAGAUCCACCCGGGUUUCGGGGGCCUGCCACAGCCUCCCCUCACCCUCAAACCCAUCCGACCCCGCAAGUACCCCAACCGGCCCAGCAAGACUCCCCUCCACGAGCGACCCCACGCCUGCCCCGCCGAGGGCUGCGACCGCCGCUUCUCCCGCUCCGACGAGCUCACCCGCCACCUGCGCAUCCACACGGGCCACAAACCCUUCCAGUGUCGCAUCUGCAUGCGGAGCUUCAGCCGCAGCGACCACCUCACCACCCACAUCCGCACCCACACCGGCGAGAAGCCCUUCGCCUGCGAGUUCUGCGGCCGCAAGUUCGCCCGCUCCGACGAGCGCAAGAGGCACGCCAAGAUCCACCUCAAACAGAAGGAGAAGAAGGCCGAGAAGGGCUCGGCCGGGCAGCCCCCCACUGCCACCCCCGCCAACGCCACUGCCACCACCUCGCCCCCCGUCGCCCUCGCCCCCGCUGUCACCACGUGCGCUUGAGGGACCGCUGGCAGGUGGCACGGUGGCAUGGUGGCACGUCCGUCUCCUCCUCUUGGUCCUCUGCACCCCGCUGCUCUCAGAGAGGGGGGUCCCCGGGGUGGCUUCGCCCGCUGGGUUUAGGAUGCCGGGGGAGCUCUGCGCUGCGUGGGUCCCCACACCCGGAUUGACCGGGUCCAGGCUGCCCGCACCCGGAUCCUGCCCGCACUUGGAUCGACGGGAUGGCUGCCUGGAUCCAGGCUGCCCGCACCCGGAUUGACCCGCACCCGGAUCCUGCCUGCACUUGGAUCGACUGGACCUGCACUUGCCCGCAUCUGGGCUUCCCGUUCCCGGGUUGUCCGGACCCGGGGUACCUGCACCCGGGAUGUCUGCACCCGGAUUGCCUGGACCCGGGAUACCCGCACCUGGAUUGCCUAGACCCGCACUGCCAGCAUCUGGGCUUCCCACAUCCCCAUUUCCCUGCUGCCUGGAACCUUCCUGGAUCUGCAUUUGCCUGGGUCCGGGAUUCCCGCACCUUCCUUGAGCUCACCUGGAUCCCUGCUUCCCGGAUCCCAGCUGUACCUACCUGCACUGCCUGGAUCCCGGUUUGCCCACAUCUGGAUUACCCAGACCCGGAUUACUCAAACCCGGAUCUCACCUGCCUGCACCUCCCGCUGCCUGGAUCGCAGCUUCCCGGAUCUCGGUUUCUCGGAUCCCUCCUUCCCGCAUCUCCCGGCUCCAGCCUGUCCCGGGAAGCGAGCUGUCCCGGCUUGCAGAUCCUUUGGGAUCCCAGCUCACCUGGAUCACCCCGGGAGCCCAGAUCCCAUCUACCUGGGACUGCGGCUGCUCAGGACCGGGGUGGGGGACCCAUCCCGGCUGCCCCUCAGGGGCUGGCCCGGGUGGGGUUGAAGGGAUGGAGCCGCCCCUGCCCCGCUGGCUCCCAAUCCCACCCCCUGGUGACCCCCAUCCCACUUUUCCCUUUCCCAGCACCACUUCCCCGCGGCGGAGGUAAGCGGAUUUGGAAGCCCCCAGACCAGUCUGGCAGAGCAGGGCACGGAGAAGGGGAGGGGGGGGGGAGAAGUGUGUGCAGCUAUGCAGGACAUCCCUCCCCCCCCCUCCUCCCAAACAACUCCGUGGAGGGGGGGAGAGGAGGGGGAGCAGGGGAAGCGGAGCGGAGGGCAGCGAGGAGCAACAUCCCCGGCAGCAGCUUUUGGGUUUGUUUGGGUUUAUUUGAUUUCGAUUUUCAUUAUUUUGGGUUUUUGUUGGUUGUUUUUUUUUAACCUUUUGCAUUUUUUUUUCUUUCCAGAAGCCCACUCCCUACUUUUCCACUCCUCUUUCCCUCCCUCCCCCCUCCCCCCAUCCCCGGUAUUGUUUUUGUUUUUGCUUUUGUUUUCCCUGAAUACUUUUUAUAAUGUGAGAUUUUUUUUUUUUAACGUUUAUUUGGUCACUUUAAAACCAAACCAACUACGGAGGAGAGAGAGAGAGAAACAGAUUUAAGACCAACCCACCACAACCCUCCCACCUUUCCCCUCCCCUGCCAAAAAGAACUUUAACCUCAGUGAAAUCCUCUAUUUUAUUUUGGAUGCUUUUAUUUUGGAAUAUAAAUUUAUGAUUUUUAA